UUAGCUAAAAAUAUCACACUGCAGAUAGACGUUAAUUUAUGUGGAGCUGUGGUACAGUUCUGAAUGGUUUAGUGCAUGUGCAUUGUGCAUGUCGUGUGCUGUAUGAAGUGUAAAAGCUGCUGCUUAAUGGCCUUAGCGGCACAUUAGGUGUAACAUUAUAGGGUUAAAUCUCAAAUUAGUUGGUAGAUAUAUUGCUUGUUCGAUGGCUUCUAGUAGCUAACAUAACAAACAGAAGCCCGUGUAACUUUGGGCAGCAAGACAACAUUUGGUUAACACUAACAAACAAAUGGCACAGCGUGUUGCCGUGAAUGAUGCCGCUGGGUCUAAACGGACCGCCAGGGUUCGAGUGGCGGUGCGGCUGCGGCCCUACAUGGACAAGCAAGACGAGAAAAGCGAAGGGCCCUGUGUCCGAGGACUUGGACCUCAAACUCUAGAGAUAGUCAACUGGAGAAACGCCACUGAGACUCUACAGUAUCAGUUUGACGUGUUCCAUGGAGAGCAGACCACUCAACAGGAAGUGUUCUUGUCUUCGGUGAAGCCCAUUAUCCCCCACAUUCUUAACGGCCAGAAUGCCAGCGUCUUCGCUUAUGGACCCACUGGAGCCGGAAAAACCCACACAAUGCUGGGCAGUCAGGAGCAGCCGGGCGUGAUCCCCAGAGCUGUUCGUGAGGUUUUCCAUCUGGUGCGCACUCAAGUGAAAGACCAGGAUGAAUGGGAGUUCUCUGUAGGCAUGUCAUAUUUAGAAAUCUACAAUGAAAAGGUUUUGGACCUUUUAUCCCCUAAUUCUCAGGAUCUGCCAAUCCGUGAGGACAAGGAUAAAAACAUCAUCAUUCCAGGCUUGACUCACACUUCCCUCUCGUCUUUCUCUGAUUUUCACACCCACUUCGUGCCAGCCAGUCUGAACCGCACCACAGCCUCCACCAAACUAAACCAGCGCUCCAGCCGCAGUCAUGCAAUCCUCCUCAUCAAGGUGGUGAAAUGUCAGCGUGUUCCUCCUCACCGACAGCAGACGGGGAAGUUAUAUCUUGUGGACCUUGCUGGCUCUGAGGACAACCGACGCACAGGAAACCAAGGCAUCCGCUUGAAAGAAAGCGGUGCCAUAAACUUGUCUCUGUUCACCCUCAGCAAGGUUGUGGACUGUCUAAACACAGGGACUGGGGGGCGUGUGCCCUACAGGGAUAGCAAGCUCACCCGUCUUUUACAGGACUCGUUAGGUGGUUCAGCUCAUUCAGUCAUGAUCACAAACAUUGCCCCUGAAUAUAAGUACUAUUUUGAUACAUUCACUGCCCUCAACUUUGCCGCCAAAUCCAAACAAAUCAUCAACAGGCCAUUUGUCAGAGAGACCGUGAUGGCCCCAACGAAUGCUGCAGGAAAGAGGUCUAGAGAGGAGCAAGAUGCUGGGGGAUCUGGAGAACCCCAGAAUAAGAGGCUGAAGGAAGGCAAGAAAGUGGAGCAGCAAUCACCCCCACUCACACACCCCCAUAGCCCAGUGGAUUCCUCAGUUUUGGAUAGACUUAUGGCUCUGGAGAAAUUGAUGUUGGGCACCCCCGAGAGAGAGAGGCUCAAGUUGCUCAAAACAGUUGCCCAGUCCCGCAAAGAGAUACAGAGGUUGAAGGAGAAGCAAAAGGAGCUGGAGGAGAAGGCAGAGAUGUUGAACAAACUAACAGGAGGCCAGAGUGGAAUGAAAGAUGAAAGGGAGGAAACACCAAGCAGCAUAUCUCUCUUCAAAACAGAUCUGCCCCCCCUCCAGCGGAAACAGUCCGUUUCAGCAAGACCCAGGAAACAGCAGGCAAUUGUCACCCCAUUACAGGUGUCGCAGGUGCAGCCCCUGCAGGAUUGUGCUGUGGUCUGUAAGCCAUCUCAAACUAUUGACAAGAAGAAAAAACGCACCAAGACAGAGAUCUCAGAGGGUAAGGAGAACAGCGGUCUGGAACCAGUCUGUGAGGAAGAGGCAAACUGGGAGUCAAGGUUAGACUCGUCUUUAUUAGACCAGUCUAAGAAAAAGAUUCUUCAGACACUCAACUCAGGCUCGCUCAAAGAGCUGAAGAGUCUGCAACUCAUUGGUGACAAGAAGGCUAAACUUAUCCUGGGCUGGAGGGAAAUCAAUGGAGAUUUCACACAGGUGGAAGAUUUAAAGAAAAUUGAAGGCAUUACAGAUAAACGUUUUUCAUCUUUUAUCAAGGCUAACAUUCUAAGUGCGAUGGGGAAGUGAUUGUGUGUGAGCGAGCGAUCGUGUGUGUGUGUGUGUGUGUGUGUGUGUGUGUGAGCGAGCGAGCGAGCAAGCGAGAGAGAGACACCAUG